AUGCACACAUUACAGUCCACCGGAGACACCAGCCCCUGUUGUUGUGGGUGGCCUUGGGUUAAUAUAGACAUCGUCCGCAUUGUGUUACUGGGAUUAGUGCUAGUCCUGUACAUGUUUUUUGGGGCUGCUGUCUUCUCUGCCUUGGAGAGACCAUCAGAGCUUGAAGCACACAAGAUAUGGGAUGAGAAACUGGCUGACUUUGUGCAGAAGCACAGCGUGAGCCCGGAGGACCUACAUGUGCUGUUGAAGGACUAUGAGGAAGCCAAUAAUGCUGGAGUUUGGGUGCAAGGUCAGAGAACAUUUUGGGACUUCCCUGGAGCCUUGUGCUUUGUGGCAACUGUUAUAUCCACCAUAGGAUAUGGACUGGCAGCACCAACCACUACUGAUGGGAAGAUCUUCCUCAUUUUCUUUGGGCUGAUAGGAUGUGCAGCAGCCAUCCUCUUGUUCAACCUCUUUCUGGAACGUGUCAUCACUCUUGUAGCGUAUGUGUUGAGUAGAUGCCAUGAGCAAAAAUUGUGGAACAGCAGGCAAAGAGCUGCUACUUCUCAUCUCACCACACAACCAGGUGACACAGCAAGUGGGCAGGAGGAUUGGAAGCCUUCUGUUUACCAUGUAGCACUAAUUUUGGUGGCAGUUUGUUUUCUGGUGGCAGGUGUUGCAUCAGGACUCUACUCUGCUGUGGAAGGGUGGAGCUACCUGGAGUCGAUGUACUUCUGCUUCGUGACCUUCAGCACUAUGGGCUUCGGGGACAUGGUGAGUGGACAGCGAGAGCCCUCUGAAGCAAGCUGGUUUUACCAAAUCGCCAACAUCUUAGCAAUCUUUCUUGGUGUCUGCUGUACCUAUUCUCUCUUCAACCUCAUUGCUAUCAUGAUCAAAGCAAUGUUGAACUGGAUCUUAGGCAAGGUGCUGUGUUUGAAUUGCUGUUCAGGGACUGGUUCGAAGAAGCAACAGCCUGUUCAGCUCUGCAGCUCUUGCUUCAUGUGUCCUGAAGUUGAAGAAUCUAAUCCUCGACAGCUUCCAAUCACCCCCAGCUAUUUGAGCCAACACUGGAGCUGCCAUGUGGUAAAGCUCGGCACAGGGAAUUGCAGAUGUGCUGGUUCUGCAUUACAGACUGUGUGCCAGAGUGAGAUGCACAUCACAGAAAAAAAUGUUAUCUGUGAACACAAGGUGUCAAAGGAUAAUGUGACAGAAAAUUCGCUUCAUGUGACCAGUGGCUGUCCACUCUGUCAAUACAAUAGUCUACCUGAGGAUGGUGGCGUAGCCGUGUUAAAUAACUAUCUGCAAGAGACAGGCUUUACUAGCUAA